AUGUCGAGCUCAGACGCCUGGCGAGACGGUUUCCAGCUGUCCUCGCUCAUCGCCGUCUCGGAAACCGACAUUCUCCGCACCGCAGACAACGACCCAAGCAUGCAGUCAGACAGCACUGUCCUCCUUUUUCUCCAAGACGGCAUGAAAUGGCUGGAGGAGACUGCGGCAACCUUUCGCGCAUCCUCACAGCCGGGCGCUGCUAAUAACUUUCUCCCCUCUCAGUACAUCAACCGUCCCAGCGCCAUCCAACGUCAGCGACAGGAGCGGGAAGCAAGAGACGCUGAAGGUUUUCCGGACCUGAAUCAAAUGCCCCACGGCCUUGGCAGCUUUGAAUGGCUGGACUCUGUCCACGAUCCGCCGCUCGCUCAGGUAUUGGGUCUUGAAACUCCUGUAGACAUUCUUGUGGCACGACAAUUCGGUGCGUUGGAUGGCAUGGGCGACCUCGACCGCCCACGUACGGUCUUCUAUCCGGACGAGCGCUAUUUUGAACCGUCCCAAGUUCCCGAUGUUCCAGGUCGCUGGGAGUUCAUGACAACUCACGGUGACAGCAACGCUCGUGUACUUGCUCAAAUCAACUUCAACAACGAUCCGAGAAUCGACAACGUAGCGCCGACAGCACAGGACAUCUGGAAUCUCAGGCAACGCUUCCAAGGCGAGUGGCAGCGUGGAGAGCGCGAUGAUGAUCCGACGGAAGGGAUCGAGCUUGUCUGGAUUCCCAACGAUUUUGCGGGUGCAAUGGAAGCGGCUGCUCGUCAUGGAAUUGCAGGCAGCAGUCACGAGCAGUAA